UGCAGCUGGCACAAGGUGCUCACACUGUGAGCACAAUUGAGUCACAGUUGAGGCCUCCAAACGUUCUCCGACGUCACUGUGGGCGCCUGUUGUGAAGAAGAUCUAUAGCAGCUAGCGCCUAGAGGGUUGGUUUCACGGUUGGUCAGAAGCGACCACACCUGCAGCAGAUGGCCCUUGCUCAAACGGUGGGAAGCUGUAUGAGCAGUGCCCAGGUUGCAGCAUCUGGACAAAGUUUCUUGACAGGGGCGCCUGGCAACCAACAGCACAGUCGGCUCCGCGAGCCGCAUGCCCGCUUUCCAAGCUGGAGCUCGCAGCCUUCAUUGAUUGACACCACCAACAGUCCACUUGCUUCUUCCACAAUUGGUGGAGGUUGUCCGUCACAACGCCUUAAACGUCCUAGUUGGCACAGUCAAACUCGUUGCAUGCUGUCACGCCGCUGUUCCUUCUUUGGCGGCGCUGCCCAGCUGGGGCGAGGACUCGUAACAGUUCUUCCAUCAGGAAGAAAACUCCCACCCGUUCAAGCAAACGCGAUGAGCGCAGCACCAGUCGUUGAAGUGUCGCCACCAUGGCGACCUGCUCUUGGUGACAUAGUGAUUGAACCAACUGAGAAGCACACCGCCACUGUGGUCUUCUUGCAUGGACUGGGAGACUCUGGCCGAGGGUGGGCAGACAUUGUUCCGGCGUUUGGCCUGAGGCAUAUAAAGUUCAUCCUUCCAUCGGCAGAGUCGCGACCCAUCACAAUCAACGGUGGCUUUCCCAUGAAUGGCUGGUUUGACGUGCUGGGCCUCGGCCCUUCCACCAAGGAAGACGUGCCAGGGCUGGACCGUGCGGCGGCUCACGUCAUCUCCAUCUUGGCAAAAGAGAAAGCUAAAGCAGGCCCGGAGUCCCCCGUCCGUUAUGCAGUGGGCGGGUUCAGUCAGGGGGGCUCCCUGGCCCUCCACGUGGCCACCUCCCUUACCUACGGCAAAUACCUGGACGGCAAGCCGGCGCCAAGCGUGCCCCUGACAGCGGCGGCCUGCAUCAGUGGCUGGCUCUCAGGAUCAGAUGUCUUGGCGAAGGGGCGACGAAACCUUGAUGCCGGCGCACUUGAAAGAGCCGGCCGCCUACCUAUACUGCACUGCCACGGCACAGUCGACCCGGUCGUCAACUUUCAGUUCGGAAAGCUGACGGCGGAAACCUUGAAGGGGCCGCUCGGCUUCUCGAAGACGAAGUUCAAUGCAUACAACGGGGUGGGCCAUAGCGUUAGUCCCGAAGAAGUGGCUGACAUCAGGGCGUGGUUGCUGGAACAUUUGCCGCCUGCAUAAGUGCUUCCUGGUCCGUUAAAAUGUCCAGUAAGCUGGUCAAGGUUUCAUGAUUGUUAAUUCUUUCCUUGCCUCCAUCUCCCUGCUGAGAUGCAGAUGAGCAAGGUCUUCAUUGUUCGCUGUGUAAGUAAAUAGUUGCCGGAGUGAUCCUUGCAUACAAGCAACAUUCUUGCUAGCAAGCCCCCGCCAAAGUCCGCUGCAUAACAAAAUUGCUCGCUUAGCCUGACCGUAAUUAAAGCCUUGACAUUGGUCAAUGCACAGCCUUUGUAAACUAGGCUAUCUUAUUUAUGGGGAGAGCAUUUGUGUACCGAAACUGUUCAACCUGCUUGCAGUCGACUCGACUCCAGCUUGCGCAAUUAAAUGAAAAGAUUUCUCUGUG